GAUGCAAAAAGGCAACCACGGAUUUAACAAAAACUUAACCUUGUUUACCUGACUAUUAUCUUCAAUAGUCGGUUAUUACGUCGACAAAACAUGCUAAGGUGCUAGUAAUUACAAUGUUCCGGUGAUAAAAAUUGAAAAAUUUCGAUAGUAUAAGUAAAAAAAUGACUUUUAAAAAAUUUACAAUUGUUAAUAGAUAUCUUUUCUGUGCGUUGCUUUUGCUGUCAUUUAUAAUUGAUGUGACCGCCGUCGGUCAGGUUCUCUACGCCGUAAACUGCGGCGGUGAUGCAUUUACGGAUUCCAACGGUAUACACUAUGAAAAAGAUCCGUUACAGGGACGAAUCGGCAUCGCCUCGGACUAUGGCAAACGUCUACUGAUCGGACGGGUGCCUCCGAAUGACCACAUCCUGUAUCAAACGGAGCGUUAUCACCACAGCACCUUCGGAUACGAAAUCCCCGCUCAUUCGGACGGAGAGUACGUACUCACUUUGAAGUUUUCAGAAGUCUAUUUUAAUGCACCCGAUCAAAAAGUCUUCGAUGUUGUUUUAAAUGGCGAUCACACAAUUGUGAGCGACUUGGACAUAUUUGAAAAAGUCGGACGUGGUGUCGCUCACGACGAGCACAUCCCAUUCACCAUAUCAAAAGGCCGCUUGCUGGUUAACGGCGAAGAAUCGGAAAUACGAGGGGGACGCAUCCGUGUAGAAUUUAUAAAGGGUUACAAGGAUAAUCCGAAAAUUAACGCUAUUCUCGUUAUAAAGGGCACUUUAGAUGAUGUACAAAAACUACCUCCAAUAGAGCCGGAACCUAUAGAGGAGUACAAGGAGGAACCGGAGGUUGUUCCUAAAAAUAGACGACCCAGCGGACCUAAACAGCCAGAUCCGUACACGCUGGACGAUUCGUCGAUGAUGUUGCCUGUAUUUAUAGCAAUUGGUACAUUUAUACCUAUACUAUUUUGCUUGUGCAAAUUGUGAUCAGACAGUUUUCGUCACUAAAGGGAAUAGAUUUUCAUUUUACUGUAGCUAUGGCUGAUUAGUUGUUAACGUUAAUU